AUGUCGGGCUACCCGGGUGGUGGUGCUGGUGGUGGCGGAAACCACUACGACGACGGCUACGGCCAUAAUAAUAAUCAGGGAGCAGCCGGUGACGGUUACUACCAAAAUGACCAGUACUACGACCAAGGCUAUGAUGAUCGUCAAGGCGGAGGCCAAGGACAAGGACAAGGAGGCCACGAUGGUUACUACGAUGAAUCCGGUUACUACAAUGCCGAUCCCAACAAUCCUUAUCAUCAAGAUGGCGGCUACUACGAUGGCCAGGACCAGUAUCGCGACGAGUACUACAACAACGGUAACCAACAAGGUGGUUACUACGACGAGUAUAAUCAAGGAUACAGUGAUAACCGCGGUCGUCACGGGUCUGAGCAUGGCUCCGAAACGUUUAGCGAUUUCACCAUGAGGUCUGACAUGGCGCGGGCCGCCGAGAUGGAUUAUUAUAAUCAUGGGGAUGAGCGAUACAAUAGCUACGGCGACAACAGCCGAGGAUACCGACCUCCCUCGUCUCAAAUGUCCUACGGUGGUAACCGAUCCUCUGGCGCCUCGACCCCCAACUACGGUAUGGACUACGGCAACGUCUUGCCUGCUGGUCAGCGAUCGCGUGAGCCUUACCCAGCUUGGACUUCGGAUGCUCAGAUUCCUCUGUCUAAGGAGGAGAUUGAAGACAUUUUCGAGGACCUGACCAAGAAGUUUGGAUUCCAGCGUGACAGUAUGCGAAACAUGUAUGACCAUUUCAUGACGCUGCUUGAUUCUCGGUCAUCACGAAUGACCCCCAAUCAAGCUCUGCUUUCAUUGCAUGCUGAUUACAUCGGAGGCGACAAUGCCAACUACCGCAAGUGGUAUUUCGCUGCCCAUCUUGACUUGGACGACGCUGUAGGCCUAUCAAACUCGAAAGUCAAAGGUCUCCGGCGCAAGACAAAAAAGAAGAAGAAGAAGAAUGAGCCUGAGGGGACCGAGGCUGAAACCCUGCAAGAGUUGGAAGGUGACGAUAGCUUGGAGGCUGCCGAGUAUCGCUGGAAGACGCGCAUGAAUCGUAUGUCGCAACACGACCGAGUUCGACAAAUCGCACUUUAUCUCCUCUGCUGGGGUGAAGCGAAUCAGGUUCGGUUCAUGCCUGAAUGUCUCUGUUUUAUUUUCAAGUGCGCCGACGAUUACUUGAAUUCCCCUGCGUGCCAGGCUAUUGUUGAACCUGUGGACGAAUUUACCUACCUUAACAACGUCAUCACGCCAUUGUAUCAAUACUGUCGCGACCAAGGCUACGAGAUUUUGGAUGGGGUCUAUGUCCGACGUGAGCGUGACCACAAGGAUAUCAUCGGUUAUGAUGAUUGCAACCAGCUGUUCUGGUAUCCGGAAGGUCUUGAUCGUAUCGUCUUGGAGGAUAAGAGCAAGCUCUUUGACGUACCAGCUGCGGAGCGUUAUCUCAAGUUCAAGGACAUCAACUGGAAGAAGUGCUUCUUCAAGACAUACAAGGAAACUCGUUCAUGGUUCCACUUGAUCACCAACUUCAACCGUAUCUGGAUUAUCCACUUGACCAUGUUUUGGUUUUUUACCGUGCUCAACGCUCCCUCUGUCCUAGUCGGCCCGACAUACGAACAGGAAGCUGACCAAGACCCGCCCAAAGAAAAGGUUAUUUCUGCUGUUGCUUUUGGCGGUGCUAUUGCGUCUUUCAUUCAAAUUCUGGCAACUCUGGCUGAGUGGGCGUACGUUCCUCGGCGAUGGGCUGGUGCCCAGCAUCUGACAAAGCGACUUCUCUUCGUGAUUCUGGUAUUUGCGCUCAAUCUUGCACCUGGUAUCAAGGUGUUCAUGUGGCCGACUGAAACCAAGGGUGUGGCUGUUGAUUACAUUAUCAGUAUCGUACACAUCAUCAUCGCCGUGUUCACUUUCAUCUUCUUCUCUGUCAUGCCGCUAGGCGGCUUGUUUGGAAGUUACAUGAAGAGGAACUCGAGGCAGUAUGUUGCCAGCCAGACAUUCACGGCCAGUUAUCCCCGACUUAAGGGAGGCAAUAUGGCCAUGUCCUAUGGUCUCUGGGUCGUUGUUUUUGGAGCCAAGUUCGGAGAAUCUUACCAGUAUCUCACGCUGUCAUUCCGUGACUCCAUUCGUUACCUUUACAUCAUGAAUGUCAGCAGCUGCAGAGGUGACAAGCUCUUGCUGGGGAACACGUUGUGCCAGUACCAUCCCAAGAUCUUGUUGGGAAUGAUGGGCUUCUGUGACGUUGUUUUCUUCUUCCUCGAUACCUACCUCUGGUACGUUCUGAUCAACACAGCUUUCUCGCUUGCGCGCUCUUUCUACCUGGGUUCAUCUAUUUGGACCCCCUGGAGAAACAUCUUCUCUCGACUUCCAAAGCGUAUCUAUUCCAAGAUUCUGGCCACCACGGAUAUGGAGAUCAAGUAUAAGCCCAAGGUUUUGAUCUCUCAGAUUUGGAAUGCUAUCGUUAUUUCCAUGUACCGAGAGCAUUUGUUGGCCAUUGAUCAUGUCCAGAAGCUUCUUUACCACCAGGUCCCAUCCGAGCAGGAGGGUAAGAGAACACUGAGAGCUCCAACCUUCUUUGUGUCCCAGGAGGAUCACUCUUUCAAGACCGAGUUCUUCCCGACAUACAGUGAGGCCGAACGUCGUCUCUCAUUCUUCGCCCAAUCUCUCUCAACCCCGAUUCCCGAGCCGCUCCCUGUUGACAACAUGCCGACAUUCACCGUCAUGAUUCCUCAUUACAGCGAAAAGAUCUUGUUGACUUUGAGAGAAAUUAUUCGUGAGGAUGAACCCUAUUCUCGGGUCACCCUUUUGGAAUACCUGAAGCAGCUUCAUCCCCAUGAGUGGGACUGCUUUGUCAAGGAUACAAAGAUUCUUGCCGACGAAACCUCUCAGCUCAACGGGGAAUACGAGAAGGACGAGAAAGAGACAGCCAAGGAGACAGCAAAGAACAAGAUUGAUGACCUUCCUUUUUACUGCAUUGGUUUCAAAUCCUCUGCCCCCGAGUACACUCUCCGUACCAGAAUUUGGGCCUCACUUCGCUCUCAGACUCUGUACCGUACUAUCUCUGGAUUCAUGAACUACAGCCGUGCAAUCAAGCUCCUUUACCGUGUUGAGAACCCUGAAGUCGUUCAAAUGUUCGGCGGUAACACCGAUAAGCUUGAGCGCGAGCUGGAACGUAUGGCUCGCCGCAAGUUCAAGAUUGUCGUAUCUAUGCAGCGAUACUCCAAGUUCAAGAAGGAAGAAAUGGAAAAUGCUGAAUUCCUCCUUCGUGCGUACCCCGACUUGCAAAUUGCCUACCUGGAUGAAGAGCCACCUGUAGCCGAAGGCGAAGAACCCCGUCUGUACUCGGCGCUUAUUGACGGCCACUCGGAAAUCUUGGAGAAUGGAAUGCGAAAGCCAAAGUUCAGAGUUCAACUGUCUGGUAACCCUGUUUUAGGUGAUGGCAAAUCUGACAACCAGAACCACUCCUUGAUCUUCUACCGUGGAGAGUACCUCCAGCUCAUUGAUGCUAACCAGGACAACUACCUCGAGGAGUGUCUCAAGAUUCGCAGUGUUCUUGCCGAAUUCGAGGAAAUGAAGGCCGACGAGGUCUCUCCUUAUACGCCCGGAAUCAAGAGUGAAGCCAAGUACCCUGUCGCUAUUCUUGGAGCUCGCGAAUACAUUUUCUCAGAGAACAUUGGUAUCCUCGGUGAUAUUGCUGCCGGAAAAGAACAGACAUUCGGUACCAUGUUCGCUAGAACAAUGUCUCAAAUUGGCGGCAAGCUUCAUUACGGUCACCCUGAUUUCCUCAACGGUAUUUUCAUGACAACUCGUGGCGGUGUUUCCAAAGCCCAAAAGGGUCUACAUCUCAAUGAAGAUAUUUACGCCGGUAUGAAUGCACUCCUUCGAGGUGGUCGUAUCAAGCAUUGCGAAUACUACCAGUGUGGCAAGGGUCGUGAUCUGGGUUUUGGCUCCAUUCUUAACUUUACGACCAAGAUUGGUACUGGUAUGGGAGAACAGAUGCUUUCUCGCGAGUACUACUACUUGGGCACUCAACUACCUCUUGAUCGCUUCCUCUCAUUUUACUAUGCUCACGCCGGUUUCCACGUCAACAACAUGUUCAUCAUGCUUUCCGUCCAUAUGUUCAUGGUUGUUCUUAUCAACUUUGGUGCCCUCAGGCACGAGACUAUCAAGUGUGAUUACAACAGACAGGUCCCUACUACGGAUCCUUUGACUCCCACUGGUUGCGCCAACACUGACGCUGUGAGCGAUUGGAUCUGGCGCAGUAUCAUCUCCAUUCUCUUCACAUUCUUCCUGUCAUUCGUACCUCUGCUUGUUCAGGAGCUGAUGGAGCGUGGUGUUGGUCGUGCUGCUCUCAGAUUUGCCAAGCAAAUGAUGUCAUUGUCGCCCUUCUUCGAAGUUUUCGUCUGUCAGAUUUACGCGAACUCUGUGCAGCAGAAUCUUUCGUUUGGUGGUGCUCGUUACAUCGGAACAGGUCGUGGUUUUGCGACCGCUCGUAUCCCAUUUGGAAUCCUCUAUUCUCGAUUUGCUGGCCCGUCAAUCUAUUUUGGUUCAAGAUUGUUGAUCAUGCUUCUUUUCGGCACAGUCACUGCUUGGCAAGCUGCGUUGACCUAUUUCUGGAUCACUCUGCUUGGUCUGACCAUCUCGCCGUUCUUAUACAAUCCUCACCAGUUUGCUUUCAGCGAUUUCUUCAUUGACUAUCGUGAUUUCCUGCGAUGGCUGUCACGAGGUAACUCCCGCUCCCACGCUUCGUCAUGGAUUUCUUUCUGUCGACUUUCACGAACUCGCAUCACGGGCUACAAACGCAAGGUGAUUGGAGAACCCUCAGCUAAGAUGUCAGCCGAUGUUCCUCGUGCUGCCAUCACCAACAUCUUCUGGGGUGAGAUCCUGACGCCCCUCCUUACCGUUGCCGUCACUUUACUCCCUUACCUGUUCAUCAAUGCCCAGACUGGCGUCGUGGCAGGCAAGAAGAGUGGCGACUUAGAAAACGAUAGCACUAUUGCUCCUACCGGUUCUCUCCUCCGUGUUCUCAUUGUCGCUUUGGCCCCUGUCGCCAUCAACGCUGGACUUCUGGGUAUUCUGUUCUUCAUGGCUUGCUUCAUGGGUCCAGUGCUUAGUAUGUGCUGCAAGAAGUUCGGUAGUGUUUUGGCCGGUAUUGCCCACGCUGUCGCUGUCAUUGUCCUCCUUGUUUUCUUCCUGGCCAUGUUUGUCUUGGAGAGCUUGAACUUCGCCCGUACCCUGUCGGGUAUGAUUUGCGUAAUUGCUAUCCAGCGAUUCGUCUUCAAGCUGAUUGUAUCCCUGGCUCUCACCCGUGAGAUGAAGACGGACCAGUCCAAUAUCGCUUUCUGGACGGGCAAGUGGUACUCUAUGGGUUGGCACUCAAUUUCCCAACCCGGCCGAGAAUUCCUUUGCAAGAUUACCGAGCUCAGCAUGUUUGCUGCUGAUUUCGUCUUGGGACACUGGCUGUUGUUCAUCAUGAUGCCUCUUGUGACAUUCCCCAAGAUGGACAUGAUCCACUCGAUCAUGCUUUUCUGGCUCAGGCCUAGUCGUCAAAUCCGCCCGCCAAUUUAUUCGAUGAAGCAGUCGAAGCUUAGGCGUCGUCGUGUCAUUCGAUUUGCUAUCCUCUACUACGCCAUGCUUGUUUUGUUCCUGAUCCUCAUCGUAGGACCUGCUGUCGCAGGACAGCAGAAGGCUGUGCGGACCCAAAUCAAGUCGCUAGGAGAUAGCAUCAACAAAAGCUUGCCGGACUUCAGACUUGUUCAACCCAACAACCAGGACCGUGAUAACACCAAUGGAACCGUCAAAACGGGUACUGGUGCUCCUGGUUACACUGGAUACCUGUAUCAGCAUCGCUCUUCCACCACCGAUAGCAGUGUGGCAACGGACAAGAUCAAGCUGUUCUAA